AUGGCGUCGCCUCAACCUGCCGCGUCGUUGGCUGGCGCCUCGCGCGCUCAGCCCUCCCCCGCCCCAUCUACCGCCCCGGGCGGGCCCUCGCCCGACUCGUCGCGUGGCCUGCGCGCCCGCAAGCUGUCCAUCAGCACCCGCUCCCCGACCUCGACCGCGUUCGCCUCGGCAUCCUCCUCGCAGCAGCGCUCCCCGCCCGCGCUCGCGCAGCAACCCGAUGUCGGCCUCGGCCUCAUGCUCGACGACGCGGCCAACGGCGGCACCUCGAGCACCCGCUCGAGCAUCGACAGCGGCGUCGGCGUUCUCGGCCGUUCACGCGCGAGCAGCAUCGGCGGCGUCGAGCAGGCGGCCGCGAGCGGCGAGGCCGAGGGCUUGUUCAAGGCGGCGGCCAGCCCCGACGCGUCGAAUCGCUCGCGCACCUUGGCCCCGAGCACGGUCACGGUGUCCUCGGGCAGCACCGCCACGCCUCUCCCCAUCUACACCGGCUCGCCCGUCCCGACGUCCUUCCCUCCCUCCCCCGUUCCUUCCCCGGGCCCCGGCCGCACCUUCUCGCCCUCACCUUCGCACCAGGCCAUCACUUUCGGCCCGGUCGCCACGACCUCGCACGGCCCCGCGUCGGUCCCCGUCACGCGCUCGCCGUCGUACGCGUCGGUCGUCGGCUCGCUCGACAUGCAGCGCUCGCGCUCGGGCGGGUCCGACAUCCACUCGCGCCAGCAGUCGCUCACGUCGGCGUGCGCUCCGGUCACGUCGAGCGUCCUCAACACGCCCAAGACGGACGUCGGCGCCUUCUCGCCCCAGGUCGGCGGCGGCGGCGGCAGCGCGCGCAACAGCUUCACGAGCUGGCGCUCGUACGACUGGGGCGCCGCGGCGUCCGAGAAGGCGUACAGCAGUGACGAGGACGUGCGCGAGGGCUCGAAGCGCAAGCCGGUCGCCGAGCCCGAGACGACGCUCGCCAAGGUCCUCGCCCUGCCGUCCUCGCUCCUCGCCUUCUUCCUCCGCCCGCUCCAGAGCGCCCCAGGGCUCCAGCGCGGCACCCUGUCGCCUCCAAUGAGCGCGUCCGCCAAGAGCGGCGCCGGCUCGCCCGCCAAGCGGUACCCACUCCCGAUCCGCCUCCUCACCAUCGCCUACCUCCUCUUCUCCCUCCUCUACUUCUCACUCUCCCUCUCGCGCUCCCUCGUCUCGCCGCCGCCCUCAGCGGCGGCGUCGGACACGGCCUCGUCGUCGCGGCUCGCCGUGCUGCGGGCGAAGCUCGGCGCGCGUGCCGGAGCCGGACCCGAGGGGUGGCAGCUCGUGCGCGAGUACGCCGACGGCCUGAGCGCCAAGGCGGGCAUCGAUCUUCCGUGGACGUCGGGCAAGGGUGUGGGAGAGGGCGUCGCGGCGGGCGAGGGCGAGGACGCGAGCGAGGAGGACGCGUGGCUCCCCGUGCGCCGGAUCGGCCACCCGGACAAGCCUGCGUCGGCGCUCAAGAUGCAGACGCCCAACGGCAACCCGCUCACGGCCUUCACGCACACGUACCGCUUCUCCAAGAUGCACGACAAGGCGCACUGGGACCUGCACGACGAGAUCGUCCCGUUCGCCUUUGCCGCCACCGCCGAGCCCGACAAGGACGACGUCACGGCGUGCAUGUACUCGAACGAGGCGUGGCUCUCGACGCUGCCUUCGUUCGUCCGCAACUGGCGCGGCCCGGUCUCGCUCGUGUUCGAGACGACGCACUCGCGCCUCGACUCGGCCGCCCGCACGGCCCUCCUCGGCACGAUCGCCGCCCUUCGCGCCGCCGACCCGCUCGUCGAGCAGUUCGUCGACUUCCACCUCGUCGGCGCCCCGUCGUCGCUCGCCGACCGCACGCUUGCCAAGACGCGCGAGCGCAUGAUCUACAAGCCGCUCGCGCGCAACUACCAGGUCAACCUCGCGCGCUUCUUUGCGCCGACCGACAUCGUCUUCCUUGCCGGCGACGCGCGUGUCACGCCCUCGAGCGGGCUUCGUCGUCGCCUCACGGACCGCAGCCUGCGCGACCGCGUCCUGUCGCACGGCGACGCCAUCGUCGUCCCGACCUUUGGGUUCGUGCGCGACCCGACCGGCGGGCCGAGCCCGAUCUCGAGCGUCGCAGAGCUGCGCACCGAGCUCGGCAUCACCGACGAGUUCGACCCGGCCGACUCGUUCAACGGCGUGUCGGCGGAGGAGUUCGAGCCGCUCGCGGCCGAGCACGUGCACCAGCUCGUCGAGACGCUCCCGCUCGCCCAGGACGAGUGGCCGGCGCGCAAGCAGCAGCUCGUGCAGCUUGUCAACACCCGCAUGCCGUCGAGCGACAACCCGACGUCGGCGCAGCUCGCCCUGUUCGACCGCCGGUGGGACGUCAACCACGGCCCGUCCAACUGGUACCUGUGGCGCAAGUCGGCGUCGGACCCUCGCCUCGGCGACGAGGCGACGUCGGGCGGUGGCGCCGGCAUCGGCGUCGACGGCGGCGUUGGCGGCGGGCGCGACCUGUACCGCGUCGUCGACUACGACCUGCACUACUCGCCGCUCGUCGUCGUCAGCAAGAAGGGCCAGCCGUGGUGCACCGAGCGCUUCGACGACGUGCGCGCGAGCUGCGUCUACCAGAUGUACCUCUCGGGCGCCGAGAUGUGGGUCGUCCCGGACGAGUGGGCGUACACGCUCGAGGUGCUCGAGAAGCGGCCUGAGGGCGAGAAGGAGGACCCGGCCGACAAGCUCAAGGAGUCGAUCUCGUCGCGCCUGUACGGCAAGUUCCACCAGGAGGCGUGCAUGCACUAUGGGCGCGAGUUCCUCUCGGUCGGCAUGUGGGACUCGGACAAGGCGCAGCAUCUGCGCGAGACGUGUGCGCGCACGCUUGGCAGCUGGGGCAUGGGCUCGGCGUGAUCGUCGAGUCGAGUCGUCGUCCCUUCCCUCUCGCCCUCGUUCAUCGCCUCCCGUCGCCUCGCUCGUUCCUCCUCGUCGUUCCUCCCUCGUCCUCUCGCAUCGCACCCUCUGCAUCCCCCUCUGUGUCUUAUUGCCCAACUCGACCUGUCGCACACCCCCUUUCGCAACCUCGCUCUUUGCCUCGCCGCACCUAGACGUGCCCAACUCCCUCUCGAUCUAUCGCCUCCUCUCGUUCGCCUUCCUCCCUCACUCUUUUUGCACACAUCCUCCACCGUGAUACCCCCCCCAAUACCUCGCUGUUUGCGCCCCCUUUGGCCCAAGUCCGCCUCCUUCCUCUCGCCGCCAGUUGACCUGGCGCCGCCUUGAUGGCUCGCCGCUCCUCGCUGCACGCACCCUCCUCUUUGCCUCUCGUCGACGCAAUGUACAAGGUGUGCACG